GGUAUUUAUUCAACAACACACGUGGUUGGAAAAAAAAGAUAGACGACCAUCUACUCAUUUAUUUGUUACAGCAGAAUUUUGCUUAUAGUUUUUAUACACAAACAGUAAAUACAGUAAAUACAAUUUUUGCUUACAGUAAAUACACAAGAAGACGCUUUUUUUCAAACCAAAAAAAUGGUCCAAGCAAACUAAAAUGCUGCUGACCAGAAAACUUGUGGCAAUAAUUGGCCUCGCGUUUCUUGCUGGCAGCUUUGCUUUAUCAAUUUCGGCCCAUUUGAAGGUUUGGGAAGACUGCUACGGUGAUUGCGAGGAUGGUGUAGAAUCUUCUUCUCAAACAGAGUCUCCCGAUCUAAUCUGGUACGCAAGAUCUUCCAUAUUGCUCGACCAUUUCUUUUGCUUUACUCUGGGCGUACUUCUGGGUUUCAUGCUGUAUUUGGAACCAGAUGAUCCCGAACAAAGAGGUGUUGACUCUGGAGCACGAUAUUGUUCGAUGAUCCAUUGCAUCAAACUCGGGUUUCUGAUCUAUUGCCUGAUGACCAAAAUCGAGGUCGGUUGGGUCACCGGACUGAUGUGGGGAUCCUUUGUUCUGUCAGUCACUCUCGCGGUUGAUCUCCAAUUGACUCGGUGUCUCCUCAGAGUUCCCAAGACUCAGCAGCCGCAAGCGACCUCGUCGCCACAAAUGACUGACGUAGCGCAAUUGGUUAAUAAUGAGCACAUGAUUGAUGAAAAGCCUUAAAAUGCUCAUCACGCCCAGAACAGUCAGAAGUCUCACCCUCCGGAUAAUCUAUUUUUUUGACUAACCAUUCUCAGUCGAUAAACUGGCAUAAACUCGAAAUGUGAAUAAUUGCUGUAAAUUGAUUUUAUCAAGCUCUUUUAAAACACCCCAAUGGCUAUUUUGAAAGAACUUUCUGCACUGUUGAUCUUUGAAAAUUGUCUGGAAUUUUUAGUUAUUGCUGUGAAUAAAAUUUGCGUAUUGGAA